GCAAAAUGAUUUAGCUAAUUUCCCCAAUUUGAACUUCGUUAGCUUCUUCAAGUUCGUGUUGAGGGAUGGCUUCAAUUACUUGCCGCGGGCAGGGACUCUGCAAAUCUCGUCGCUACUCGAUUUCUUCUCUAAUUCCUUCGAAGAAAGUUGUAUGCUGAUCAAGCGACGAAGUUAAACCUGGCGUCCGAUAUCUGGAAGCGACUUUUCGCGCCAAGAAGCAGAAGAUCUGCUCCGAUUACCCCGAUUUUCCGGCUUGGUCGGCAACUCAAUCAAAGAAUGGAAGUUCUCAACCCCUUCAAGCUGUGUACGGGCCUCAAGUUCCUCGGCUACUUCAUGGUUGUCUUGGUUUUCGCCAUCGUAGCAGUGUCCUACUAUGCUGUUGUAGUGCUCACUUGGGGCCCCAAAUUACUCAUGGGAGGCCUCAAUUCUUUCCUAGCGUUCUCCAUCAUCAUUUUAUUUCAUGUUCUGCUUUUACUCUUGUCAUGGAGCUACUUUAUGGUGCUCCUUGAAGAUCCCGGUCCGGUACCAGAAAAUUGGAUAUUGACUAGUGAAGCAGAGAAUAUGGAGGCUGGUAGUUCGUCAUUGCCGGAACAUGAUCCAACCGAGGCUUCCACUUAUUCAACUUUAGAUGGUGCGGGGAGAAGACAUACAGCCUAUUGUCGUCAAUGCCAAAAUGGAAAGCCACCACGCUGUCAUCAUUGCUCCGUUUGUCAAAGAUGUGUUCUUAAGAUGGAUCAUCAUUGUAUUUGGGUAGUGAAUUGUGUUGGAGCGUGCAACUACAAGUUCUUUCUUCUUUUCUUGCUUUACACAUUCUUGGAGACAACAAUGGAUACGCUUGUUUUGCUGCCUAGUUUUAUCAAAUUUUUUGAUCAAGCUAAGAGUCACUCCAGUUCUCCUGCCAAUCUUGUGAUCAUUUUUUUAGCUUUUGUUCUUAAUUUAGCCUUCGCACUCAGUCUUCUUUGUUUCGUAGUUAUGCAUGCAACUCUCCUGUUGAGCAACACAACAUCAAUUGAGGUUCACGAGAAGAGAAGAGCAGUUCAAUGGAAGUAUGACCUAGGCAAGAAGAAAAAUUUUGAGCAGGUAUUUGGGACAAAGGCGGCACUGUGGCUUUUUCCAUUGUUCUCAAAGGAGGAUUUAGAAAAAAUUCCUGCGCUUCGAGGCCUGGAAUUCCCAACUCGUUCUGAUGUGGAGGCUUGACACUUUUUCCCGGUGAUUGACCAUGAUCCAAGGAUGAAACCAAGGAGGAACUUCUGUCCAUGGAACUGCAGAAACCAGAGAUGAAAAGAGAGAUCAAAAUGAAGAUGGGGGCGAUCAUCAGAACAAGGCUGACAGGUACCAUCCACUGUUGGUUCUGUGAUCCAUGGAACCGAACCGCCCACCAAACCAUCAAAAACCCCCCCGAGACACUUGCCAAAACUAAAACCAGACAUGCCCACACCGCCUUGGGCUCUGUGUUCUUCUUCCUCUUCCUCUCUCCUUCUUCCUUAGGUUCAGUUUCUGCUCCCGCCUGCAUUUCUCUUGUGUGGGACAAAGAAAAGGAAGAAGAAAACUCACAAAUGAUCCAUUGGAAGAAGAAGACGGAUUACGAGAGAAACCCCAAUAAUCUUAGCUAGCUUUAAUGGAAAAGGCCUGUGCAGUGCUGUGCUGUGCUUGAGGAUGUUAGAAAGAGAGAGAAAGUGAGAGAGAUUUGCAAGUAAAAUAAGAAAGUCGCAUUGAGUAGAACGUCACGCGUGGCUGAUCAAAGUUGGUUUUGUCGAUUAAAGGAAUAUAAAUAUAAGUGUAGGAUCGGCAUUAAUUGGCAGCGAUCAGUAAUUGGCGUAGCUUGUAUCUGGGGUAGAGUUUCAUUGAUUUAUUGCCUUUGUCGUGCCAUGCCACCCACCGGCUACACCUCUCUGUUUCUUCAUUUCAUUAACUCUUUCAUUGUUUUUUCUUCUCAUGCAGCUCAAUUUCAGCUUCUGUUCAUAGGUUUACUGUUCUCCAUCCAUAAGCAAGUAGCAAGGUUUUUUGUUUUUUUUAAGCUGAUGUGGGGUAUGGGGAUUUGAGCCUUUGAAUAAAAGCCAAUUACUGAAGCUAUAUUCAUGUUGACCUGAUUUGAACCUUUGAUCUUUAGGAUAAAUGUAUAAUAUCUUAAUAAUUGAGUUAUGUUCAGGUUGGUGAGAUAAUUAAGGUUAUCAGGCAACUUUUUGGUUUUUUUUUUCUCUAUAUAUUCAGUUACACUGUGUUCAUUUUAAAAUUUUGUAUUAAAUUGUGGGUGA